UUUAACCCAAAUUCCCCCGCUCCCCCUGAAAUCCCUAAUCUUCCCAUGGUCCCAUAGCAGCAGCAGCAGAAGUAGAAGCAAAGGGUUUAGGAAAUGGCAGCGAAAAGGAAGACUCCCGUCAAGACCAGAAACCCAGAUCUGAUCCGUGGUGUGGGGAAGUAUUCCAGGUCUAAUAAGCCGCUUCUUAACAAGCGCAAACCUAAACCCACCAAACUAAGGAUUCAAAGGAAAUCCUUUCAAUCUUUUCUUUCCUUUUACUCUUUCUUCAAUCACACGCUCGACCUCCGGUGGAAUCUUCGCUGCCUUCCGGGCCAUCGUCACUGGCGCCGGCUCCUGGGCCUAGUAACCAUGGGUGUUGGCUUUCGUCAACGAGUUGUCAUAACGAAAGCUUAAGGGCGUGUCUUGAUCCUGCGUCAAUUGGUAUGCUUAACGUAGCAUACUUAUCCAAAGACUCUACUGCUUUAAUUUUCUUCUGGGUCUUUGGUUUUUAUGUUAUUGUUCAAAGGGUGUUUGAGAUGGAAGCAAUUCAACAUUUGGUACCCGAACUUGAUAUAUAUUUUUAAUUUGGUGCUUAAA